AUGGUGGCUGAACCACAAAGAGAGGCAUCGCCUUCUGAGGCCACACCGUUGAUAGAGCAUCCGCCCACGGAUCACGAUGAAACGCAGAUAGGGCCUUCGUUUCUCAGAGGAACGGUCAUCACUAUCACUGUGGGCCUGUUGCUGUUUAUUCAAUCCACAAACAUAUCAAUGUUGACCACGGCUCAAUCGGAUAUCGCAGAAGAUCUCGACGCCUUCUCGGAAACAACAUGGUUCAACUCAGCGUACCUGAUCGCAAUGUCCAGUGUCUCUCCUUUAGCUGGACGUCUCUGCCAGAUCUUCACGGCCCGUAAUUAUAAUCUUUUCUCUGUGACGAUAUUAUCCCUUGGUCUCUUUGUUACUGCGGUCUCUCGAAGCCUGCCGGUCUUUCUUUUUGGACGUGCACUAUCUGGCUGUGGCAGUGCGGGCGUUAUGGUCACCUCCUUCAUUCUCAUACUUGACCUUACAAGCAAGAAGAGAAGAGGUCUCUUCAUUGGCUUGCUGAACGUCGGAAUGACGACGGGAAUCUCUUGUGGUGCGGUGCUUGCCGGAUUGCUGACGCCAGUCUUCGGAUGGCGUCUGAUCUUCUGGGUUCAAGCACCCGCUUCUUUGAUACUCGGGUUGGUCGAGUUUUUCGCUGUCCCCGUCAACGAGAGUACUUCAAUGAGUUUGGAGGCCCGUUCUCCUUGGCAUAAACUAGCCAAAGUCGAUUAUGCGGGUGCAUUGACUCUGACGACCUCGGUAUUUCUGCUGCUCUUCAGCCUGGCUUCGCCGAACUCGGAUGUCACAAUCACGCCUCUGAUCUUGAGCUUCGUCUUUUUCGCGGUUUUCCUUCUUAUUGAGUCGAAGUUUACAUCAGAGCCGAUCAUCCCCAUUGAUGUGCUCAAAGCGAGAAGCGUACUGGCUACCUGCCUAGCAGCACUCAUCUCGAUGAUGGCCCGCUGGUCUGUUCUCUUUUUCACGCCAGUGUAUGCGAUGGCGGUUCGACAAUGGUCUCCCGCCUCCGCAGGGUUGAUCCUAGUUCCAACGAACGCAGGGUUCGGCCUUGGAGGCCUCUCAACGCUGAUAGUUUUCUUGCUCUUUGCGUUGACAAACUUUAUAUUGGCCAUACUGUCGACGCCUUCUUCACCUACCAUCGCCUACGUCGUCUCGACCUUUUUUAAUGGCCUUUUCAUCGGCGCUUCGAUGAACUAUGCAUUGUCUCAUAUGCUACACCUUACCAAUCCAAGCGUACACUACAUUGUGACCUCCCUAUUAGGCAUGUUCCGUGGUUCUGCUGGAAGUUUCGGAUCGGCCAUUGGCGGCGGCUUCUUUCAGCGGGAGCUGAAGAGAGCGCUUGAGAAGGGAUUUGAUGAGCACGGCCUUUCCGCGAAAGAUGACCUUGUUCGUAAACUUUUGGGAAGCCCCGCGUUGGUGAGGAAUCUGAGCGGACUGGAGAAAAAGGUGGCCAUUCAAAGCUAUGAGCACGCAGUCAAGCUUUUGAUCCUGGGCGGCUGCGUCCUAGCUCUCAUAGCGGCAAUCAUCCAAGCAUGUACAGGCUGGACAGCACCUCAUGAGGUCGAGAAAGAUGUCCGUGAUGAUCUGGAGGGCAGACUUGAUCGGGAAUAG